UGUUUGAUUUUCUCUUCUUCCAGAGGCAUAGUCUGUCAAAAAGAAAGCCAAGUCAACUGUUGACGUAUGUUUUCCAUGUUAUGAGUUGCACCAAAGACACAGAAUUGAUGCACUCAGCCUUUAGCACAUUGAAAUACCUAGCAGAGGCCAAUUUCUUUGAGGGAAACCUUUUCAAGGAUGUUCUCUUAGCUUUGGCUAACCUAGGUGGUGAUAUCUCCAAGUUUGGGAAAGAUUUAUCUACAAUAUCAUCACCUGUCAUAAAAUCUUCAACUGAAGUUUAUAUUAAAGAAAAGUCACAUGGGUUGUUUAAAGAAAAUAAGAUGUUGAUUUUGAGAUUUCUGGCUGUUCAUCUCAGAAGUGCUAACAGUUACUCUCCAUCAGAGGUGGAUGAUCUUUUAAAAAUAUGUUUGGCAGUUUCCUUAGAUCCUUUGAUGCUAGAUAAUGGGUAUCCUAAUGCUAAUGAUGUUUUUAAUGUCCUAAGCUUCUAUCCAUCAACUGAACGGUUUGAAGAGAGAAUGAUGAAUUUAGUGAAAGACAUUGCUUUAUACUGUGACUAUCAUCAUCACAUCAUAGCGCAUGUGUGUUCAUAUUUCUUGCGUCCAGUUCAGAAAUUUGGAAUAACCCUAAGAUCUUCACUGGCAUUUCAUCAAGCUGAAAUUAGCCUUGAGAGAGGGAAGCGCAAUUCUGUUUUGAUAAAUGUUUCAGUUGGGGAUGUUUUGGAUUUGGUCAGAGAACAAAUUCAUGUAUUCAGUGGUGAAACUGAUAGUUCCCUCUUAUUGUCAGUUUUAUUUUUAAUAGAUGUUUGCAUAAAUGAUGAGCCAUUGCCAGUUGAUCAAAGGGCCACAUUGCAAGAGCUUUGCAACACCUUGGAACUUACAAUAAGGAAGAGGAGAGGAAAUAUUGAUGACCAAAACACCCUCCAUCUGAAUUCUUAUAUGAAUCGUGUCAUGGUGAAAUGGAGGCAAAAAGCUGGCAGUGUGACCAGACAACAAACAUUGAUGGAAAUGAAAGGCAGUUACACUUCCCCAGGCCAUAGUUCUGGUUACAAGAAAGACAAUACGUUAGAUAUUGAAUGAACUCGGUUAACUAUUUUUUAUUUGGAAAGAUAUUAGAUAUUGUAAUCACUUUGUUAUUCCAAGUUUUAUUUCUUAGGAAAAAUGUAGUUGACUUUUAAA